AUGUCCAGCAAGGUAGAAGUGACAAAAUCGGGGAUCCCCAAGGCGCCCUUCAUUACCGAUGUCGUUGCGCACCUUGGGGGUCCCGACGAGCCUGUGGAGCCGCAUCUUCGCAAAUUCCAAGAGACGAUGCAAAAGUACAAGCUUAUGGAAACGGACCGAUUCCAGCGCAAGCGUGCCCUCGAGGAAAAGGUGCCAGACAUCAAGAAGACGCUGGACAUGGUGAUGCUGCUCAAGGAGAAGAAGGAAGCUGAAGAGGCGCUCGAUACGCACUUUGAACUCAACGACACGCUCUAUGCAAAGGCGACGAUUCCGCCCGUAGAGACGGUCCAUCUUUGGCUUGGGGCAAAUGUCAUGCUGGCCUACCCGCUUGAAGAAGCAAUUGCGCUCCUGAGUGCGCGCCUCGAGGGGUCAGAAAAGAGUCUGGUGACGCUACGUGAGGAUCUCGAUUUCCUCCGCGAUCAGAUCACCACUAUGGAGGUCAACACGGCGAGGAUGCACAAUUGGGACGUCAAGCGGAGACGUGAGAUGUGA